AUGGCUCAAAAUACUCAACAAUUUGGCACUAGAAAUGAUGUUAAAAGAGUUAAUGAUGUGGACUUAAGUGGAAUUAAAAAUCAAUUACAAGAAAAUGCUCAACAAAUUGCUACUCUGACCACCUUAGUGUCUAAAAUUGUUCCUGGUAAUGAGUCUACAGCUAGAGUAUGUGGUGUUUGUUCUGAUUUUUCUCAUGAUACUGAUGAAUGUCCUACUUUACAGAGUGAAGAUGUCAAUGCCUUAAAUAAUUUUCCUGGUUGGGGUGAUCAUCCUAACCUUAUGUAUGGACCUAAACCACCAUUUUCUCAAUCUAAUCAAACUAGGCCAUUUGUUCAACAAAAUUCACAACAACAAUCUGGUUCAUCAUUAGAGGACUUAGUGAAACAAUUGACUACCCAAAUUGGAGAAAUUCAUAGUCAAGGUGUCCAAUAUCAAAAGAAAACUGACACUCACCUACAUCACAUAGACACUCAAAUAGGUCAAAUUAGCACUUCUCUUAGUAAUUUGGAAUCUCAACUUUCGAAUAGGCUCCCUUCUCAAACACUUGCCAAUCCAAAUGAACAUGCUAAAGCUGUAACACUUAGGAGCGGGAGUGAGAAAGAACCUGUAGAGAAGGGUAAUUCUGAUGUGAACUUUGAUGUACCCCCUUUCCCCUCUCGAUUUGCUAAAGCUAAGAAAGAAGCCCUUGAAAAUGAAAUUCUUGAAACAUUGAGGAAGGUUGAAGUGAAUAUCCCUCUUCUUGAUGCUAUUAAACAGAUACCUAGAUGCAUGCUAGACUUAGGUGCUUCAAUUAAUGUCAUGCCUAAAUCUGUAUAUGAUACUUUGAAUGUGGGUCCUUUGUCUAAAACUAAUGUUGUUAUCCAAUUAGCUGAUAGAUCUAAUGCAUUUCCUAUGGGAGUUUCGGAAGAUGUACUUGUUCAAGUGAAUGAACUAGUUUUUCCUGCUGAUUUUUAUGUGCUUGAUAUAGGUGAUAGAUCUGAUAGUGUUCCUUUAUUGUUGGGUCGACAUUUUCUAAAGGCUUCCAAAACUAAAAUUGAUGUUCAUGAAGGUAAUUUGACAAUGGAAUUUGAUGGCGAAAUGAUUAAAUUCAACAUAUUUGAUGCUACGAAAUACCCUAAUGAUAUCAGUAAUGUCAGUUCUAUAGAUUCAUUUGAUGCAUGUGAUUGGAUGGCUCGGGAUGUUUUUGAUGAGGAAAAUCUUGAAAAUUUGUUUGAAAAUGGUGUUUUUGACGAUUUUAAGAUGAUAGUUAUAUAG